CAGGCGCUCAAGCACAUGAACAUGGACAUGCGGCUAGUGAAGAGUCCUAAGGGUAACAAGAUCAAGUUCAUUGUCUGGCACGGUGGGCGCAAGCACGUUGCCUGCAUCCGUACCGCUGCCGCUGCGGUCGCGAACAUGAUCAAGGGUGUCACUGUUGGCUUUCAGUACAAGGUCCGCGCCGUCUACGCGCAUUUCCCCGUUAACAUGAUCAUUGCAGACGACCACAAGAGCGUGGAGAUCAGGAACUUCCUUGGAGAGAAGCGGGUGCGCAAGGUUGACAUGAGGAAGGGCGUCACCAUUCAGGAGGACAAGGCGCAGAAGGACCAGGUUCUCGUGGAGGGUAACGACAUUGAUGAGGUUUCGCAAUCGGCAGCAGACAUGCACGGCGCAUGCCUUGUCAAGAACAAGGAUAUCCGGAAGUUCUUGGAUGGUCUCUACGUCAGCGCGAAAGGCCCGAUCGUUCAGGCUGAGGUUUAG